CUUUAAUAUGCCUACGAAAGAACAAUGUUUAUUAAUAAUAUAUGAAAAGUACACAAUUUAAAACUUUAAUAACAGGAUCAUUCAAUGCUUUGGUGUGUGUUUACUAUUCCGUGAUAAUAUCUUUGCAGAUCGGAAACUUUAGAAAGCUAAUUCUAGAAAUAUAUUAUGCAAGAAGAUUGUUUAUUAUUUUUAUUUUGCAAAUAUCACACAAAAUGUUUUGGGAUUCGUUACUUAUUGACUAUAACAAAGCGCACUUUCGAGUUAAAGGAAGUAUGUGAACAAUUGACGUGUAAUUAUGCUCGAAAUUUACAAUUUCAUUUUUUAAUUUACUCAAUUCUAAGUCUAAGCAUGCUUUGAUUUAUUAAUUUUGACUAUUCAUUUAAAAAGUCUUGAAAAAUGUCGGUGUUGUUGAAAUUUUAAGAUAUUGAAGCAAAUUCCUAUUUGUUGUGAUUUUAUCAAGUCAUUGAGUAUUCAUAAAUACUUUUGACAGUCUAUUCUUAGUAUGAUAAGCCUUAGUUUGAUUCAAUUGUAAGUAAACUUUUAUAAUUUUUCAAAACUUUUAUCAGCUUAAGCUAAGUGCUGGGGCAGUUUAUUCCUGACUAUAAAGCUAAGCUAAGCGUUAACUUGAGUUCAUUUAAUACAUCCUUGGAAAAGUUUGCAUAAUCUAUCACAAAACUAUAGCUAAAGAUUUAAAGUCUGGAUUAAGUUCCCGAAAUUUCAAAACAAAGAUCAUCGAAUUUAUUAAUUAUGACUAGAAAAAGUGACCUGAUUACCUCCUUCUACCUAUUAAAUUCGCUAUUUAUAUUCAAACUUAGUUUGACCGAUUGAAAAGUUUCAGAAAUAGAUAAACUUUUAAGUUCAUUAAACAUUCACACUAGUCAGUAACAACAUAUGGCGUAAAUUUAAUAGUUUUAGUGAAAAUAUCAAGUGAAACAGUGAUUUAAAGUUGGUUCUACGAAGAAAAUAUUAAAAACAAGUGUAGAUAAAUGGAUUCAAAUAAGAAUGGUUAAGGAUAUCUCAAUUGUUUUUGCGACACUUAGCCAUCUUGCGGGAAAAUCGGUAAAACAUCAACUUAUAUUGCUGAAAAUUGCUGUUCGAUCUGGUAAGUGUAAAAUAAAAAUAUUUUUUUCAAGUUUAAUUAAACGUCUAUCAAUAAUAAUCAAUAGUCAACAUCCUUAAGCUCAAAGUGCUAGUCAAUUUUUAAUAGAAAUUAAGUUUUAAUAAUCAUGUUUUAUGCGAGUAUUUGGCGAUUAAAAAAUUUUCAAAAUGGUGACGAUUUUUCAGAUUCGUUUUGACUUCUUUGACAUUAUUAUUAUUAUUUUAAAAAUAUAAUUGAUGUAAAAAUUUAAAUUUUCUCGACAUUUUACGCCGAUUCGGCUUUGAGAAAGUUGCGAAAUGACCGUUUUGAGAAUUUUCAUCCAUUGACCUAUAUUUGCAGACUUUUGCUAAACGUCUUGUGUCUGUAUGAUUAAUAUUAUUAUUGAUGAUAUUUUGUUUUUCUUUUCUUCUUUUUAUUUUUUUGUGUCUCUUUUCUCUUUUUUUCCAUUUUAGCUUGUUUAACUUACAACAUCUUUUUUCUAAAUUAAGGAAAAUAUUUACUACUAAUACUAAACACAACAAUAAAAACACAUAAAAUUGCAACAACCAAAAAAAAAUACAAAAAAAAACCAGGAACUGAUAUAUCCAGUCACAACAGAGGAGAGAGCAGAAACAAAAUUCUUUUUCGUUUUUAUUUCCCUAUUAUUUUCGAUAUACAACAUAAUAUGCGAGUGAUAAACUGUUAAUUAAAAAAUAACGUUCAUCAUUUUCAUCAUCACGUCGUCGACUUUAAAGCAAAUGAAAAAAUAUAGUGAAAAUUUUAAAAUCAAGAUGAAAUUCUAAAACGCUUCUAUAAAAAAGUUUACGAAUUUUUUUCUUUACCAAGUUAGAGACAAGAAUUUUUUUUAAAAAAAAUGUGUAACUAAUGUGAUAAGUUAAGGGAAAAAAGAAAAAAAAUAAUUAACAUAGAAACUUUGUUAUGUGAGAUAAACGGGUCUGAAAAACACAAGAAAACUAAUUAAAAAGUCAUCAAAAUUCAAGCAUUUAGUGUCAAAAAAAAAAGGAAACGAAAAUCAUCACACUCAGGACUCGAGUAUAAUUUUAAAAUAAUUUUGCAUAAUCUAUGAUUUGAAAGUGAUUCUGGAACUUUCAUAAGUCAACAUAAAAUAAUAACUCUCUCUUUUUAUUUCAUCUCCUUUUCUUCGUCUAUACAUCUACCGUAUAAUACUAAUUAAACUACCUUAACGAAAGAAGAAAGAACACAUCAUUUAAAAGUUUUUUUAAGUUUUUAAUUAUUUUACGGACCUUAAACAAGUGAUUGAGAGUAGUAAAAACAAGUUUAGUAAAUUUAAACCAAAAAAAGAAGGAAAUUAAGAAAAAAAACAAUUCAAAAUUCGUUUGUUGAAAAAGAAAUUAAUAAGUUUUAUUAUUAGACAUAAUUUUUUCGUGAAUUAAAUAAGAAAAAUUAAAUAAAAUUCAAAAAAAAGUGAAGUUUACAAGCAGUGAGCGAACAUCUUACGACAGCAACAAAACAGCCAUCAAAAAAUACUAGCAACAAGAAGGUAGACGACAAGUCUCUUGCUAUACAUACCACACAAUCAACACAUUAAAGUACAAACAAAAAAAAAAAAAACAUUUGGAGGAAAAGUGAAUACAGAGUAUGUUGAAGGAUAUCUCAUCAAAAUUGAUGGCAUUUCAUCAUCAUCCACAGAUCAAAAAUCAAAUUCCUUUUUCAACAUCAUUAAAUUUAUUUUCAAUUUUGUGUUAACAAAAAAAAAACUAUUAUUAAAUGAAUGUACCACCAAAGGAUCCAAAUCAAAUAAGAAAUAAUAAUACGAGGAAGUAAAGACUAUCUAUAUUGAAAAGCAAAAAAAAAACACACAAGUGAGAUAUAAAAAAAGAAGUUAAGUUGGGACUUUAGUUUCGCAAGACAUUUGCGGACAUUUAAUUUAUUUUUUACGUAAAAAAAGGAGAAAAAAAAACUUUUUUAAAAAAAGAUUAUAUAAAAAGAAUUAACAAUUCUGUGAUAAAAAAUGAAAUAAAUGAUAAAACUCAUAAUAAAGUAACUAAUGAUAAUAUAAAAAAAAAAUUGAAUUGCAACAUAAUACGUGAACGUAAGGACGGAAGACGAGGACAGACUAGUCCAGAAUUCUAGGAGCUACUAUAAUUUAAAGGAAACGGUGUCCUUUUUUAUGAAAAAUAUUAGGCUGAUUAGCAUCAGUUGUGAAUGAACUAAAAUAUUAAUUAAUUUUGAAUCAGAACUAUUUCAAAUAUUCAAUGACAAAAUAAUAAUAAACUAAAAAAAAAACAUAAAAAAGAAUUAAAAGACUGUAUUGUUAAGUAAUAAGAAGAAGUGAUUCUACUCUACUCUAAUUGCUAUUGAUAAUAAUUAUUAAAAAAGGAAAUAUACUACUGUGCUAGAGCAACAAUAUAAUAGCAAAGUACCAUUAAAAUUAAUAGUGUAACUCCCGAGAGACUGCACACAUAGGAGAAACUGCAACAGGUUUGGAAGUCUUUUUUAUUCCAAACACAAAAAAAAAUAAACAUUUCUGAAAGAAAAUUAAAAAAUUCGGAGCCUAGCUGCUUAACAGGCACCAAAAAGUCAAUCUGUAAUUCGGUGAUCUAAGUUUUAUCCAAAUUGCUUUUUUAUUAUUACUACUACUAUUAUUAAUAUUAUUUUUAUCGCAACAAAUUAUUUUGGCUUUAAUCAAAAUAUAUAUUACAAGAGAAACAAUAACGAAGAAAAACGUUGAAACUUAAUCGUGAUCAAUCUACACAAAAAUUAAAAGAAGUUAAAAACUACAUUUUUGGAACGUCGAAUUUCUAAAUUAUUAUCUUAUUGCAAAAAUCAACAAGUUACAAAAAACAAGUCAAAACCGAGAGUAGCAAAAUGAGUGGUCAAACCAAACCUUUUUGCACUGAUUCUUCCUUCUUGGAUUUUGAUUUCUCGCCAAGGGAUUUAUUUUCAUCAUUCAACAAUCAACAUGUCGGAGGAAUAUCAUCUUCACCGGCUCCCCGUUUGAUUACGAAUAAUACAAACAACAACAACUUUCAUAUCGGAACGUUUACGCUUGAUUCAUUGCAGCCACCAAGCAACAACAGCAACAAUUCAACAUCAAUCUUCGGUAGUCGAAAGAUCUUUAAUUCAUCUAAUAACUCAUCGAGCAACAACUUCGAUAAUGGAUUAAAUUUUAAUUCGUCUGCAUUGAAUCUUAUGAAUGGAUUGACUAAUAAUUCCAAUAGUGGAAAUUCGUCUUCAAUUCUCAACAACUCGCAUCACAAUAACAAUAAUAAUAAUAAUAACAACAACAACAAUAACAACACCUUUGGUCAUAGUAAUGGAUUGUCAAAUAAUGAUUCGAAUAAUCAAAGUAGUGGUGCUGGAGGAACUAAUUCUCGUGAGACUGGAAUUAUUGAAAAAUUACUUCAUUCUUAUGGAUUCAUUCAGUGCUGUGAACGUCAAGCACGUUUAUUUUUCCAUUUCUCUCAAUUCGGUGGAAAUAUCGAACAUCUUAAGAUUGGAGAUCCUGUUGAAUUUGAAAUGACAUAUGACAAGCGUACUGGAAAGCCAAUUGCAAGUCAGGUCUCAAAAAUCGCACCUGAAGUAGUUCAUCGUGAAGAACGCGUGACCGGAACUGUAACAACUGAAAUUCGUGGUAUAAAUGAUUUGAUCCUUAAUGCAGCAGCCAGUGAAACAACUGGACGAAUUUCUUAUGAAAAUCGAGGAGAAUGCUUCUUUUUACCGUAUACCAAAGAUGAUGUUGAGGGUAACGUACAAUUAAAAGCUGGAGAUAAAGUCAGUUUCCAAAUUGCGACCAAUAAUCGUGGGAAUCUUGGUGCAUGCCAUAUUCGUUUAGAAAAUGCAAUACAUCCAGUCAAGUAUCGUGGUGUUGUGUGCUCAAUGAAGGAGUCGUUCGGUUUUAUUGAACGAGCUGAUGUUGUCAAAGAAAUAUUUUUCCAUUUUUCGGAAACUGAGGGAAACAAUAUUGAAAUUAGACCAGGCGAUGAUGUUGAAUUCACCAUUCAGACACGUAAUGGCAAGGAAGUUGCAUGCAACAUUACUCGAUUGGCACCUGGAUCAGUUAUAUUUGAAGAUGUUGAUCCGACUGUUAUGAAGGGGCAAGUUUUGAAGCCAUUAGAAAUGAAUAAUCCAGCAAGUAUUGCAAAUAGUGAUCCAUUGCCUGGUCGAAUCAAGUAUCGUGCACCAGAUCACUCAGAAGUUGAGGUCCCCUAUGGAGAUAAAGAUCAAAAAGGCGAUUUUACAUUACGUCAUGGCGACUGGGUUCAAUUUCUACUCGCAACAGAUCGACGUGAUCAGCUUCAGCGUGCAACAUGCAUUUCAUUACUCGACGAGACUUUUCAAUUAAGCGGAGAGAAACGCGAGCAAGGUGUUGUUGCUCAACUUAAGGACGGAUUUGGAUUUAUUCGCUGUGUUGAACGAAGCGUUCGCAUCUUUUUCCAUUUUACUGAAGUUUUGGACACUGGUCGUGAAAUAUGCUUGACCGAUGAAAUCGAAUUUACAUGCGUACAAGAUCCAACGUCGAGCUUUAGUAAUCCACGUUUGAGUGCCAUUCGAAUUAAGCAUUUACCAGAAGGAACUGUUAAAUUUGAAACUUUAAUUGAAAGCGGGGUUGAAGGUGUUGUAACACGUGAAGCGCCAAAAAGUCCAGUCAAGGGACUAGAACGCACAUCGGAACGUACUGAAGGUGGUGUAAUCACCUAUGGAAUUGGUAACAAUAAGAAAACGAUUAUGUAUUUCCUGAAAGAUUGUGAAAAGCCUCCAAGGAUAGGAGAUAAUGUUAAAUUCAACAUUUGCCAAGUCAAGAGAAACAAGGAGUUUAUUGCGACAAACAUCCAAGAAAUUUUCAAUCCAUUUCAAAUCGCGCAAAUGUCGCAACCAAUUGAUUUGCAGAAGCUUUUUAUGCAUCAAUUAAGUCAACAACCACCAAUGAUAUCUCCACAGCAGACCAUCACAACUAUGCAACAAGAAUUGGCUAUGCAAGCUACGGCUUUAACAAAUAAUAAUAAUAAUAACAAUAGUACUACUCCUACGUUGCUGAAUGGCGUCACUAGCACUAUGGUGACUAAUACGAAUAUUAAUGUGACAUAUUUCAACGGUGUUAUUGGGUCAAAUAAGUUUGAUGAAAAAUUCAAGAUGCAUCAAGGCUUUAUUGCUGUCCUAAAGGACAACUUUGGAUUCAUCGAGACACUAGAACAUGACCAAGAAGUUUUCUUUCACUUCAGCAACUUUAUUGGCAACACGAAUCACUUGGAACUUGGACAAGAAGUUGAAUACUCAUUAUCGCCAACGCGCAAUCCAACUAUCAACAAUGGUGGUGGAAAUUGUAUUCCAGCUGAAAACGUUCGUCUAUUGCCCAGAGGAACAAUCGUACAUCCAAAAAUCCUCGAUGGAAGCUACAAUGGUGUCGUAGUUCGACCAUUGCGUUGCAUUAAUCCAGAUCAAGAAGAGUACAGCGGUCUCAUUCAAAUGAAAGAUGAAAAUGGCGAAAAUCUAUCGCAACAUAAAUUUGGUAUCACCAGUUUGAUUAACAAGCGCGAUUUAUUGCAAAAAGAUGACACUGUUGUUUUCAAAAUCGAUGAAACAUCACGAGCUGUUGAAGUAACCGCUGUUCGUUUGAAGAAACGUGCUAUUGUCGAUUCCAUUAAAGGGCAAUUUGGCUUUUUAGAUUAUGAAGUUGAAGAAGGAAAGAAGCUUUUCUUCCAUAUGUCUGAGGUUCAGGGAAACAGCUACAACUUGUACCCUGGAGAUACUGUUGAAUUUUCUAUUGUCACUAAUCAUCGUACUGGAAAAACAUCUGCUUGUGGUGUUGUCAAAAUUCAAGACUCAUCCCCACGUCCUGAUCGAUUAAUUUCUCGAUUAAAAAUCAUUUCUGUUGACGAAGGCGCACCACGUUUGACUGUCAUUCGUUCUCCAAAAGGUCCUGACGGAACUAAAGGCUUCCUAAUUGAAUCAAGAGCUCCACGAAUUGCUGAUUUAGGAAUUUUAAUUCCAGGCAUUUUAGCUGAAUAAACGGAAUAUCCAAGAUGUCAAACAAGAAAACAUUUAUUCAUUUAACUUCAUAAAUAUUAUAGUUGAUUGAUGAAACCGAUUAUGAAUCCCAGCUACUCUCUCAACAAGUAUUAAUAGAUUGAAAACAAGAAAACCAACAUUAUAUACAACUUUACAACUAUUCUGCAUGAAACAAAACGAUUGAUUAAUAAACAAAAAAAAAAAAAAAUUGCAUUAAAGUGGAACUAAAAUUCAAGAACGAUAACGAUUGAAAACUAAUUUAAUCUCCAAGAAAAAAAAAUGUUUUAAAAAAGAUACCAAAAAAAUGAAAAAAAUUUUAAAAAAAUUUACAAAAAAAUGAAAUAAUAAACAAUAAGAAACUAAGAAAUCAACGAGAAAUCAAAGAUGAAACAGAAAUAAUAAUAAGUCACAGUUCCUUUUCCUUUAUUAUCAUUCAUUUUAUGUCUGUUGAUAUUUAUAUUUCAGUAACUUACAGUGUUUUGAAGUGCAAUGCAUCACCUUGAUCUUAGCAUCUGUCAAAACAAAUUAAUUCUAUGUCAUGUUUAUGCAUUGCGUCAGAGUUGGGUAAUCCACAUUUGACAACACAUGUUGAUUAAUUUGGAAUGUAAUGUGUUGAUUUACAUAUGCUGUGUUUUGUAUUUCUGUGGUUUUAUGAGAAGGCAAAUUCAAAAAUCAAGUAAUGUCGUUAACAUUUCCGGCGUUUUCAAAAGUUUGAGAAACUCUUCUUUAUAGCAUUUCGUCAUAUGAUCAGACUUGUUGUGCAACAUAAAAUGGACAAAAUGUAUAUGUCACGCCACAUUUCAACUACAUUUUUUGUCUUGUCACACAACAAUUUUGGCGAUUAUGUUGCACAACAUGUUUUGUUGAAUAAAUCAAUGUUAUAGUUGUGUCACAUGUUGCACAUAAUUUUCUUUAAAAGUUAUUUAAAAUCUACAAAGUCGCACAAAAUGAAUCCAAAAAUAUUGCAAUGCUGCACAAAACUCAAUUCAGUAUCGCAUGCAUCAAUCAUCAAGGUCAAAAAUAUUUGCACAACAGCAUCCUUUUCAUUCAUUGAUUGGAUUCGAUUAAGCUUAUCUCACUCGGAAAUAAAAAUUAAAAAAAAAAUUGUUCAAUAAUCUAUUUAGGUCGUUUGAUUACUACUCCAUGCCAAAUGUUAUGAGAAACAAAAGUUUUCAACUGUCGUAAGUCGUGUAGUAAGUAAGUAUAUAAUUCGACUAAACUCAAAAAAAAAAUUUCGUAUUGAAUAAAAGUCACUCUCAAUGUUUAUUUUCUUUCUUUUUUAAUUUUUCUUCUUAUCGGGAUAGGAAUUACAAAUACAUAUAUGUAAAAAGAAGAAGCCUAGUGAAAAAAGGUCAUCAAUUAAAUCGUAAAUAAUAAAUGUUAAGAUUAAUGAACGUUAUGUACUAAUUUCAAAUUUCUAUGCAUUCGUGUGGAAUUGUUGAGAAUUGUUCAAAAUUUCUUGAAUUUGGACAUGGUCGCUGGCAUCGAUUGCCAAAGUGUCUG